GUCGGAGGCUACCAAGCUGCUCCUCAUUCUUGGCCUUGGCAGGUCAUGCUUAUGACCUCUGAUUCGCGUGAGCCUUUCUGCGGAGGAACGUUAUUGAGUGAAGUUUGGAUCAUCACUGCAAGCCACUGUUUGGACUAUUUGAUUGAAAAAGAUGUUAUAGUAAGGUUAGAAAAGUUAUAUGUCGAAUGCUGUAACAAGUGAUAUUUAACAUUCGUUCGAUCCAACAUUUUCUUUGGCUCGUAGAAAACUCUUAUUCUUGAAAUGUAAACGAAAGGACAUGUAGUGUUUUGCCAAGUUAGUGAAACUGUGAAGUUCAGAACUGUGCACUAUAAAAGAAUUCAUGGUUGCCCCAUCGACAAUGGACUGAAAUGCAUACGUUGUCGUGUACAGCCGUCAGGGUUUUCGCAAUCGAAAUCAUUAACAUUCGUUAUUUUUCCCUUUCGUGCACUAAAACGGUAAAGGAAAGCGAUGAUGUUUUCUCGGUAGAGAUUGAUAUGAAACUUGUGAAAAAAUAUAUAAAUAUAUAUUAUUUAUCGUAAUUAUUUGUCAUUUAGAGCAGGUGCACACCACCGAACCAAGCUGAAUAAGUGGGUGCAAGACUUAAAAGUGCGACAGAUUUAUCGACACCCGAAGUACGACGAUCCCGUUAUGUUCGCAAAUGAUGUGGCCUUGCUCCUGCUGGACCGACCAGCCCAGAUAAACAGCGCAGUCCGCCCAAUUUGUUUGCCUGGCAAGAAUGACCGACCGAGAACAGAUUGCACGGUGACCGGUUGGGGUCGUCUGGGUGAUUUUGGUCGUCGUCCAGACUACCUUAUGCAAGUAAAUACACCAUUCAAAGAUGAACAUGUAUUGCUUUUAAUACGAAUUAAAAGUUCAAAAAUAAAAGCGUAUUUUCGAAUGUAGUACGUCUUCACCGUUCAGGCAAGCGGAAAGCAAACAACUGUUCAUUUUAAGCAUAAUUACAAGAAUGUCGAAAAGCAGUCUUGAUAGACUCAGUCGCGCAAACUUUUAGCCGCGUUUGGUGAGACGUUAACCGAAAGGCACGGGUUUCCUUUUCUUUCUUCUUUUAUCUUUUUGUCAGGUGACCGUUCCAAUCGUGCCCUAUUCCACGUGCCGAGAGAUCUAUCCAGGAGAGGUCCACGAAAGUAUGCUGUGUGGAGGACAUCUAGCAGGCGAAAAAGAUGCUUGUACAGGCGAUAGCGGCGGACCAUACGUUUGCGAGCACCAAAACAGCAUUUGGAAACUAGAAGGAAUUGUCAGCUGGGGUUACGGCUGUGGACGGGAGGACAACCCUGGAGUUUAUACCAAUGUCUCUCACGUACGUGAGUGGAUAAAAAAUGUGUCAGGCAUAUGA